AUGCUUGCGCUUGCCAUGUGGCGGUGGUUUGGCGGCUGCGGCGGCCUCGACUACAGCGCUGCGGCGUUUAUUCGACCUUGGCAACUCGUCCGACGUCGACUCGCUUCUCUAAUGGGCAUUCGUGACACCGUGCGCAUUCUCGGGAUGGGGAAUCCCCUUCUUGACGUUUCCGCUUCGGUUCCUGACACCCUGCUCACCAAGUACGGACUGGAGCCGAAUAACGCGAUCCUGGCUGAACAACGACACCGGCCGCUCGUUCGCGAACUACGAGACGCCUAUGCAGCCGACUAUGUCGCAGGUGGUGCAACCCAGAACGCCAUUCGGGUUGCGCAGUGGAUGCUCCAGCGGCCUGGAAGCACGGCCUACUUCGGCGCGGUGGGCAACGACGAUUUUGCGGAACGGAUGCGACAAGCCGCUCGUCGAGACGGCGUGCACGUGCAGUACCGGGUGGACGAGCACGAGCCCACCGGCACGUGUGCAGUGCUGGUCACCAGUAACGGUCAGUGUCGAUCAUUGGUCGCUGAUCUUGGCGCAGCCAACACCUACAAAAUAGAGCACCUGCGGCACCCGGACCAAUGGCAGCUCGUGGAAGCAGCAAAGCUAUUCUAUAUCGCGGGAUUCUUUCUCACGGUUUCGGUGGAGUCUGCGCUAGCCAUCGGUGAACACGUUGCUCAAAACGCCGACAAAACGUUCUGCAUGAACCUAUCGGCACCGUUUCUACUACAGGUGCCAGAGUACUGGAAUCACUUUUGUGCAGUGCAACCGUUUGUCGAUGUGUAUUUUGGGAACGAAACCGAGGCGUGUGCGCUCGCGAAACGCAUGGGUCUCAUCGACGAUGCUGCCUGCGAGGCCCUGACUCGAGCGCAACUGUUUGAGGUUGCCACUGCACUGGCGACGAAAACUCCAAAACGGACGAGUCGACCUCGCACCGUCGUUUUUACCUGCGGUGCCGAUCCCAUUGUCCUUGUCAUUGGUGAUGGUGAACGGCUAUGGAGCACCAGCGAAUACGGCGUGAUUCCCUGCCCCGACAACGACGUUGUCGAUACCAAUGGGGCGGGUGAUGCGUUUGUGGGUGGCUUCCUGGCCAUGAUGGCACUCGGUCGACCGAUUGUGGAGUGCGUUGCAGCAGGCAACUAUGCGGCAAACGUUGUCAUCCGCCAGCCGGGGUGUACGUUUCCGCCCAAACCCCAUUUUCGGUAUCGCGGUGUUCAAGUGCUGGUCUAG